UUUACAUCUGUACGGCGAAGACAUCACAGCUGAAGUGGGAGAGUGUGAGGCGUGUGGCAACUUCGAAGACGAUCUCACUGUCGUCACAGACAUGAUCAAGGGCCGUCUGCGCAAGUACAACCGCACUCUAGCGGACGAGAUCACCAUCGUGUUUCAGGCGUAUCUGAAGAAACGCCACGUGAACGACGACGGCAUCGAUUGCCUCACCACACGGACAAAACGAGUCCAGCCCUGGAAUAGAAAGGCGCACAAGGAUAUGCCGCCACGGAAUGCUAGGGUCCAGGCGGCAGUGGUAUCAGGACCCUUCCCGCUCAUUCUGACCACCAACUGGGAUGCGUCACUCGAGGCCGCGUACGACUACUUGGAAGAGUUCGACGUCUGUUGGCCUUUAGAAAGGCCCCGCUCAGACCACUUUCACCGCAUGUCGAGCUUUCUGCCAGUUCGGUACAGACGAGACCAUCAGCAGUUGUUUGCCGAGAUACGCGCGCACCUACAGCCGCCAAGGUUGCUUAAGCUACAUGGUGAUUUGACUGACAGGGGGAAGAAAGAGAUCGUCGCCGGAUAUGGCGACUAUCGCGCACUCAUGGCACGUGACACAGGCUUUAAGCAGCUGCUGUCUAACGUCUUCACAUCGUAUAGCAUACUGUUCUACGGAUGCUCGCUAUCUGACCCAGACAUCCUCGCCAAUAUGGAUGGCAUCCAUGAGACUUUAGGCCCAGAAACAGGCCCCCAUUUCUGGCUAACUGCCGACCAUGUCACAGAGAGUAGGAAGACCUUUCUGUGGGAGCAGGUACGUGGUGUACUGCUUAUGUUUUAG